UGCGGGCCGUGGCCACCAGAGGGCGCUGCCCCACACACGGGGAGGCCGCGGCGGCGCCCCUCGGCGUAGUCCCGACGAGCAGCAGCCCGGGGAGGGCCAGAGGCGGCGGCGCGUCCAACUCCAGCUCUCCUCAGAGGGGAGGCCUCGAAGCCGCCCCCACCGCGCCUCAGGCCGGGCCGCGGUGGGUCAGGCCUAACCCGCCAGGCGGCACCCCCGGACCAGCGGGAGAAGAAGGCAGCGUCAUGAUGAAGCGCAGCAGCCCCGGAGGAGGAGGAGACCGAGGCCGCAAGAGGCCUCCGCAGUGGGCCCAGGAGGGGCCGCCCGCUGCCGCCUCCGCCUCCAGGAUGGCCAGCCCUGGGGCCGGAAUAGUCAAUUUUUGUCCACAGUGUGGACAGAAGGUAGAAACGACAUUUAAUUUCUGCCCCUCUUGUGGAGGCAGGCUGCCUAUACAAGAAGAGGAGCCCAUGCAGAUCACUCCAACUCCUUCCGUGAAAGAACUCAGCCGGAAAGUCCAAGAAGAGCUGCAAAGGAGUUGUGCACAGAAGAAAAUUAAAAUAUUUAUACCAGACCAAGAGAAAGCUUCUGUUUCAGUUAAACAAGGUCAUGAGCAGACUGCAGUGACUGCCAUAUCCCCAAAGGAGAAAGCAAAGCUCAGCUCCCGAUCUCCCAAGAAGGACAGGAGUGCCUCUCUGGGACCUCUCCCAGGGGGUCAGAUUUUGACAGACCAGAACAGCAAGCAGUGGAAACUUGUGAAACUUCUGAGCCAGAGGGACUUUGGGAUGUUGUAUGAAGCAACGACAGCAUCUGGAGCCUCCCCUUCAAAACAGAAGUACUCCCUCAAACUUGAUGCUAAAGAUGGAAGACUCUUCAACGAACAAAACUUCUUCCAGCGAGCUGCCAAAAAAGCCACAGUGGAGAAGUGGAAGAAACAGCACUCUGUUCCCUUGCUGGGGCUUCCCACUUGCCUCGGCUUUGGCCUCCAUAAUGAUAAAUACAGGUUCCUGGUCCUCUCUGAUCUGGGUCGCUCCCUCCAGUCCAUCCUGGACGACAAUGCAAACAAGAUGACCGAGAAGGCUGCCUUGCAGAUCGCAGUCAGGCUGCUGGAUGUGCUGGAGUACCUCCAUGAGAAUGAGUAUGUCCAUGGGGACCUGGCUGCAGAGAACAUAUACGUGAAUCCAGCUGAUUGCACUCAGGUCACCCUGGCAGAUUACAGCUUUGCUUUCCGGUACUGCCCUGGGGGGAAGCAUGUGCCUCAGCGGGAAGGCAGCAGGACUCCUCAUGAGGGCACCUGGGAGUUCAUCAGUCUGGAUAGUCACAAAGGAGCCGCACCAUCUCGUCGGAGUGAUCUUGAGUCCCUGGGUUACUGUCUAGUCAGGUGGCUGUGCGGCUUUCUUCCCUGGUCCCAGGAGCAGACAGAUCCCUGUGAGAUCAUGCGGCUGAAGGAGAGGUACAAAGCGGAUGUGCUGAAGCAUCCAAGGCUGUCCUUUGGCUGGGGCACCAUCCCAGAUGUUCUGCAGAGCUAUCUGGUCCAAGUGGUGUCGCUGGACUAUGAAGAGCAGCCGAAUUACGAAGAACUCCGGACGCUCCUGAAGAGGCGCCUUGAGCUGAUGAGGACUUCUGCCUAUGACCCGGUAGCUCUCAAGGUUGUCCCCUAGUCCGAGAAGUCCAGCAAAGAUGUGAUGGAAGAUCCACUGAAAAAUCCUUGCACUGGAGCAGCUGAGAAUGCAGUUUCUGUUGUGUGUUCUUAUGACUGAUUUCGAGUGGGUGGAGCCAGAGGGAAGGGGGAUUUCUGAGAUCUGUUUGUUGUGACAUUGUUGUGCUUUUUAUAGGCGGAAUCUCUCUCCCACUGCAUACCUUAACGUGGUCUAGCUAAUUUACUGUAAAGACCAAAUUCCCAUUGGGAGACAAGGACUUGUGCACUCUUUUAAGAACUGCCUAGCAGCCCUCAGUGUCUCCAUGGGUGUGAAGAACUGAGCCUAAUGAAGGGGGGAGGACCCCCGUUGUUUUUAACAUGUCUUCAAUACUUUGUUGAUUUUUUAAUAAACUAUUUUCUGGUCAGUU